AUGAAGCCAAGUAAUCUGAAACGGUUGAGCAAGGUAUACAACGAUCGUCUGGCGUGGAUCGAUGAGUAUGUGGAUUUUGUGGACAAUUUCGACGCAGACAAACAUCGUGCUGAAAUUAUAAGUCAGCUUACGGCAUUGGAAGAAACCAAAAGGGAAUAUGAAAACGCAAGAGAAAGACUAUUGUUCGAAGAUGACGAUGCAGAUGAAGUGAAAUUGCGUAGUGACCGGAAAGAGUUCUUUAAGAAAUACCACAAGAUCAGAGGUUUCCUGUUAGAGUAUCAAGGCCAAGAACAUGGGCGACCCGCAGCAAAUAGUACAAUGGCGAAUACUACGUGCACUACAGUGAAAAUCCGACUACCGAAGAUAGAGCUACCGUCAUUUAAUGGUGAAAUCACGCAGUGGGUGACAUUUAAAGACAGAUUCACAUCCUUAGUGCAUGAUGCAGUGGAGUUAACGGAUGUCAUGAAAUUGCAAUAUUUGCUAUCGUCGCUGAAGGGGGAUGCCGCGUUGCAAUUUGAGCAUGUGCCAUUGGAUGAUAAGAGCUAUGCUCCUACGUGGCAGGCGCUGUUGAACCGGUACGACGACGACAAGCUGCUGAAACGAGAGUACUUCAAGGCCUUGGUCCAGCUCGAGCCAAUGAACGCCGCAACUGCAGUUGACUUUACUAGAAUAGUUAAUGAGACCAGACGUUUGGUUCAAGGCAUGGAACGACUAGAAGAGCCAGCCAAGCAUUGA